CUAGCUGGCAGCUCAGCUCGUCGGAGCUCGGGACUCACUCCUUGCUCUGGUGUCUCUCAUGGCUGGCACCAGCGUCCUCGUCGUCCUCCCGCCAUCACUCUUGUGCCUCGCGUCCGUCGGUGGAGCUCGGGCUUUGCGCUCUGCCCCCUCCACACUCGCGGCUCUCUCCCCGGUGUCCUUGCUGAGAGGUUCCAACUAGAAGUCAUUCAGCUCCAAUACCCAGGCAGCCCCCUACUGCAAGGCUGUACAAACCUGUCUGGAAGGGGGCGGGGUCAUGAACAGAGAGUAUUCCCUGCUCUGAGGUUCCAACUAGAAGUCAUUCAGCUCCAAUACCCAGGCAGCCCCCUACUGCAAGGCUGUACAAACCUGUCUGGAAGGGGGCGGGGUCAUGAACAGAGAGUAUUCCCUGCUCUGAGGUUCCAACUAGAAGUCAUUCAGCUCCAAUACCCAGGCAGCCCCCUACUGCAAGGCUGUACAAACCUGUCUGGAAGGGGGCGGGGUCAUGAACAGAGAGUAUUCCCUGCUCUGAGGUUCCAACUAGAAGUCAUUCAGCUCCAAUACCCAGGCAGCCCCCUACUGCAAGGCUGUACAAACCUGUCUGGAAGGGGGCGGGGUCAGGAUCAGAGAGUAUUCCCUGCUCUGAGGUUCCAACUAGAAGUCAUUCAGCUCCAAUACCCAGGCAGCCCCCUACUGCAAGGCUGUACAAACCUGUCUGGAAGGGGGCGGGGUCAGGAUCAGAGAGUAUUCCCUGCUCUGAGGUUCCAACUAGAAGUCAUUCAGCUCCAAUACCCAGGCAGCCCCCUACUGCAAGGCUGUACAAACCUGUCUGGAAGGGGGCGGGGUCAUGAACAGAGAGUAUUCCCUGCUCUGAGGUUCCAACUAGAAGUCAUUCAGCUCCAAUACCCAGGCAGCCCCCUACUGCAAGGCUGUACAAACCUGUCUGGAAGGGGGCGGGGUCAUGAACAGAGAGUAUUCCCUGCUCUGAGGUUCCAACUAGAAGUCAUUCAGCUCCAAUACCCAGGCAGCCCCCUACUGCAAGGCUGUACAAACCUGUCUGGAAGGGGGCGGGGUCAUGAACAGAGAGUAUUCCCUGCUCUGAGGUUCCAACUAGAAGUCAUUCAGCUCCAAUACCCAGGCAGCCCCCUACUGCAAGGCUGUACAAACCUGUCUGGAAGGGGGCGGGGUCAGGAUCAGAGAGUAUUCCCUGCUCUGUUACGCAGAAGCAUUAGAGAUCAGGGUGAGUGGCCGGCAAAUAAAAGUCUAUGUUCCGUGCAGCUGCCCAUCUUCAAGACCAGCAAAAGCAUGCGGUUUCAUACAGAGGCCAUCAUGACUGGACGAAGACCCUCUAAGUGGCUGGAAAACUAUAGAAAUCCAAAAGGUGACCUGGUAAUGUCCUACAUAGAGGAUGAAGGAGCCGUUGACCUUGUGUUUGGCUACCUAAACAGUCUACUUCAGAAAACAAAGUCAAAUUUACCUGGGAUGUUCUCAUGCCAGAGCGUGUUUUCUGAAAGGCCAUUAUUGAAGCGUUGAUCCAGACGGAAGGACUUUCCUCUCCAAAAGCAGAACAGAAAUUCCUCGAUGGUCCAGUAUACACGCAGAGUGAAAGAGAAGAAUUUGACAUCUGGAUUUCGGAGAGCAUGUUGAAGGAGGGAAAGCACUACUAAGGAAAUGGAA